AUGGAAUGCGAUAAAGAAACUAAACUUCGAUUGUUUCAACUCAACAAGAUGGAUGAAUUUUGGUACCAGGCCUACGAGAGUGCAGCAUUGUACAAGGAAAGGAAGAAACACUAUCACGAUAAGAAGAUCCUGAAGCGAGAAUUCUAUAAGGGUGAUCUUGUCCUACUGUAUAAUUCCAUAUUGAAGCUGCUACCAGGCAAGUUGAAAUCAAGGCGGUCCGGCCCUUUAGAGAUGGUAAGUGUUUCACCCCAUACGGUGAUUGAAUUGAAGUCCGGAGAUGGAACUCGGACACUUAAGGUGAGCGGGCAGUGGGUGAAGCACUACCAUGAUUGUAUUGAUGGGGAUAGAAUUGUUGAUAGGUAUCGGUUGAAGCAUCUGGGAAUGGAUCCUGAUCCAAAAUAG